GGGUGAAAAGAAAAACAAAAAAUAAUUUGGAAUGUCAAAAUAGUGUUUGCGAAAAUUUACUAACUUUGGUUUUUUGGUUAUUGCUUUAGCGAUUGUCUGAUUGAAUUGAUUUGAAAUUAAUAUAUGCGGUGCUACAAUGUCAACAAUUAUAAAAUUUGAUAUCAAAGAAUUAAAGAAAUUAGCUAAUGAUAAAAAUUCUUGUAUUAUUGAAAAAAAAGUGACUCAAAACCUUGCGCUUCAACCCUGGUGUCUUGGAAACCUUAAGGAAUCAAUCAAAAAUUUGUUGGAUUACAAAAUAGGAAAGUUUGACAAGGAAUUCAAUGGAAUUCUACUAAGUUACAAGAACCUCAGAAUCCUUCAGAAUGUUGGAACCAUCAGAAAUGAUAAUGCAGAUAUUCACUUUCAAGUUCAAGCAGACUAUUUUAUAUUCAGGCCAUAUGUCGGAGCUACUCUCACAGGAAUUGUUAAUAAAAAAAGCACAACACAUUUAGGCAUCCUUGUACACAGGGUGUUCAAUGUUGUUAUUCCGAGACCGACAGAAGAGCCUGGAAAUAUGUGGGUUGGCUCCAAUAUCAACGAAGGACAAGAAGUCAGAUUCAGAAUAGUCGUAUUAGACUUGUAUGGAGCACUGCCUUAUAUCCGAGGGGAACUGGAUCAAAGGUGUGUGAAACUUGGUCCUGAUGGGGAUGAUGAUGAAGAAGUGGAGAAAAAGGCAGCACCUGCACUUAAUGUAUCUUAUGUCGACUUUGACAAGACUAAGCCAUACACUUCAAAACAAAUAGGAGAUGGCCUUCCACAUUCAACAUUAAAAAAUACUAAAUUAAUAAACUCUAGCAAACCUCAGAUUAGUUCUCCAGGAACAGUCAGUGACAGUCAUAACCAGUCAGUUAAUGGAAAGUCUGGUUUUACAAAAGCAAAGAAUGCUGACGGUGAAAUUAGUGUGUCAGAAAAAAAAAUAAAAAGGCAAAGUAAAUUGUUAGAAUCAGAACAGAAGCAACUUGAGGCCCAUUCCAAGCCAAAUAAAAAGCACAAAAGAGAUGUACUAUAACUUUACACAGAUUUACAUAGUUUAAUUUUACUUAUUGUAAAAUUUCAGAGUAUUUUAAAUUUUAAUAUACUACUAUAAUAUUUUUA